AUGUCCGACGUCACCUCUAGCAAGAGCCUGCCGAGGGAGACGCCCUGUCUGAGUUAUUGGCAACAGACCACGCGGGCAUUCCCUCAUCUGUUCGCCAAUCGCGAUCUAGCGGUUCCCACCGCCGCAAAAUACGUAGUUAUCGGGUCUGGUAUUUCGGGGGGCUUGACUGCAUUCCAGCUACUCGACUCGGGCGUACAAGCGGACGACGUUAUCAUCCUAGAAGCCCGGGAAGCAGCCAGCGGCGCGAGUUCGCGGAAUGCGGGCCAUGUCCGACCAGACGCAUUUCGAGGAUUCAGCGCUUAUGCAAAGGUGCAUGGUUCGGAACAAGCCCUGAAGAUUGUCGCUAAUGAGCGGCUAGUCCUCGAGAAAGUUGACGAGUUCGUGAAGAAGCGCGAUGUGCCAUGCGAUUUCCACCGGACCUCAACAUUUGAUGUCUGCAUGAGUCGUGAGUUUGCUGAAUACGAAGCCGAAAGCCUCGAGGCAUACAAACAAGCAGGUGGCGAUGUCUCCCACAUCAAAUACUUUGCUGGCGAAGAUGCACAGGCCCGCACCAAAGUCCCAGGUGCUAUUGCAGCAUAUGAAUGGCCAGCGGGCUCCAGCCACCCGGCAAAGCUUGCGCAAUUCCUCUUGGACUCAGUGAUCGGAAGAGGGACCCGACUGUUCACUUUCUGCCCAGCGCAGGAGAUCAAGGCCAAUAGCGCGAUGCCAGGUCUGUGGGAUAUCCAUACCCCUCGGGGUACCAUAACGACAGAAAAAGUCAUACACUGUACCAAUGCGCAUGCGGCUCUCUUACUGCCUCAAUUAGAGUCCGUUAUAACCCCCAAUAGGGCGCAGGCGCAUGCGUUAGUUCCAACACCGGCUUUCGCAGCAGCGGGGGCUCUCCAGAAUACUUUCUCGUUACGCUAUAGUCUGUAUCACUUCUACUCUCUGAUACAGCGGAAGGGGGAUGGGACCAUGAUCCUAGGAGUCUCCAGGUCAAACCCGACGUUGAGCCCUGAGACGCUGGCCAGCCGCUUCAGCACGGACGAUAGUGGGUAUAACAAAGAGAUUGCUGAAGAUGCUCUCCGUCAUUUCGGUGAAAUCUUCCCUCAAUCUGGCUCACAGACCGCUGCACAUGGAGAGGGCUUGAGUCACUCAUGGACUGGCAUUAUUGCGAUGACCCCCGAUUCUGUCCCCUUGGUAGGUGCGAUUGAAUCAUUGCCUGGUCAAUUCGUCUGUGCUGGAUUCAAUGGGCAUGGAAUGGCGCGGAUCUUCACCUGCGCGCCCGGUGUUGUGAAGCUGGUUCUCGGGCAGAGCUGGAAUGAUACGGGCCUGCCAGAGUGCUUCCAGUGUACGCAAGAGAGACUCGAUCGUCUCUCCAACGGAGGGUGGUCUUCUAUUUGGUGA